CUGCAUCUACUUGGACUGGUCUCUUUCGGUUUAUAUCAGAGAACCCAAUGGAGUCUUUUGAAGAACCUGGUCGUAUUAGCAAGGAGAACUUAUUAGAAGUUCCUACUUUAAAUGAUUCUCUCUCAGAAGAUGAAGAUGUUAAAGCUACACAUCAACAUCGUUUCUCCCCCGGCCCCCGAAGGCGGAAUUCGGAUUCUUCUGAAGAAAUGGAGGCAGAAGCCCCAUCAACCAUUGCAAGAAAAGUUUCAUUUGCUGAUGCAUUUGGUUUUGACCUCGUAUCUGUUAAGGAGUUUGAUACCUGGGAUGUUCCAAUUUCAGCACCAAAUGAUGACUUAGAAGAUGAAGACGUGCCUGUGGAGGAGUUCUAUUUAACUCCACUGUUUACUCCACCCACCACACAAGAAGAACUUUUGCAAAAAGUGCGAGCACAGAAAGUAUCUCUAGAGUCUGUAGAGUUUCUACCAGGAAUAACAUGUAUGAAGGGCACAAUUCGUGUUCUGAAUGUAUCAUUUCAAAAGCUGGUCUACGUUCGAAUGACUCUGGACAAUUGGCUGACUUAUUAUGACAUACUUGGAGAGUAUGUACCUAAUUCUUGUGAUGGUGAGACUGACCAGUUCUUGUUCAAGAUUUCAUUGGUUCCUCCAUAUCAGAGAGAUGGUGCAAAGAUAGAAUUUUGUAUACGCUAUGAGACAUCUGCAGGAAUAUUUUGGGAAAACAAUGACAACAAGAAUUAUGUUUUGAUCUGCCAUAAAAAAGAAACCACAUCUGCAUCAACACCGUUGGAGAAUAAUCCACUCCAGGAAGAAUUUACAGAUAAAUCUAUCAAAGGAUGCUUAAAGAUAACACCAAGCAGUAAACAAGAAAUAUUGGCAACAGAUGGUGAAGACAGAUGGAAAAAUUCCAGGACUUCAGAGACAGACAUCCCCCAAAUCCUUUAUUCACAUGUGGAUGAUAACGAAAUUAAGCAAAGGAAAGAAAAUGUAGGUGAACAUGUGGAAGAAACUGAAGAUGAUAAUGAAAAUGAAAAAGAAUUAGAGUUGCUGCUAGGUGUGGACUUCAAUAGAACCAGUGGAUCCACCAGGGAUGAAAGGAGUUUAUAUGCAACUGAGCCAGUUAGAUUUCAAAAUGAACCACAAGAACUGGGGGAAAAGCUGGAUUCUGGCUUGCUUAGGCAACCUCUGCCUAUAAGCUCUUCAUCUGAACAUCUUUCACUAGACAAAGAGCUCUGCAAUAAACAAAUAUAUUCCACUGGAAAUGAUUACAGUCAAUUGUCACCAGAAGAAUGUACAGGAAUAGACUCAGCACAGUCUUCAGAAUCUUUUAGCACUGGUGAAACACUUUCAUCAUCACCAUAUUGGUCUGCCACAAAGGAAAAUGAGCCUGUCCACAUUACAGAUGUUUUCGCAGGCAAACAUGGGCUUUGUCAUGAAGAUGCUCAAAAAGAUGAAUCUGACAAUGUUCUGAGAAGUAAAACGACAGAGAGAUUGUUCAUUGGUGGUGAUGAUUAUGAUGACCAUAAAAGGGUAUGGGAGAUAAGACCUAAACCAAAGAGCUUGGAAUAUAGUGAAGCAAACCAGUUAAAGGGGAAACCUUUGGAAGGGCUGGAUGACAAUAUCAAGCCAUCUGAAGUACAACAAAUCCAAGUAACAUCUUCUCAAGUUCCUGAUUCAAGUUUAGAAGGCAUUAUCAAACAUGAACCAAAAAAGGAGCUAUUUGAAAGGAAAAACCAGGAAUAUUUAAGUGGAGAGUUAAAUACCUUAGAUGAUAUGAGUGUCACAAAAAGUUCCUUAAGAAGUUCACAUUCAGUUUAUGAGACUGCAGAAGAAAAAUUUAAGACUGAAUAUACCAUUGACAAAGGGAAAGAAAUCAAGUUGAGCAUUUUAGAACAGUUUUCGGAAGAGAAACAAGAUGAUUCUUCAGAGGGGCACAGACAAUAUGUUACACCAGACAUAGAUAAGCUGAGCAAAGGAGAAGCAGUGGUGACUUUUAGUGUGCUAGAUGAAGGAAAAGAGGAGGAAGUUCAUGAAUCAGUAGAGCUAGUGCCUCGAAAUGACAAAGGAGGCAUAAGCAAACGUAACAAGGAAAAAGAAAGAUUGAGUUGUCUUGCAGGUGAAUUAUCUCAGGAUCAGAAGAGCACAGAAAGUAGGAGCCUAGAAGUCAUUCAGAAUACAAGCAACCUCUGCAUCAGUUGUCCAGAUUUUGUAACACCAAUAGAAGAACAAAUUGCCACACACUCUGCAUCAGUAGUACAGGAUGUGUUUGAUAGCAGAGAGAUCUUAGAAAAGGGAAAAUACAAUCAGAGCCAUGACCCAGCAAACAGAAACAUUUUGGAGACGAAGCCCUCCCAAAGUGAACCUGACAGGGUUAUUACUGGUGAUCAGAGGAAUCAGAUCAGCUGCGGGGAUCAAAGUUCUAGUGACUUAGAAAGUCAACUGGCAGAAAGAGAAAGAGAAGCAAAUAAAAGAGUGCAGAUGAAACACCAAACAGGUGGUGAAGCCAUGUGGGGAAUUAGAGAUAAUACACAAUGUUUGAAUGUAACUUCCACAGAUGAAUUGUUUACCUGCCAAGACCCAGUGAGACAUGAAGAGACUUCAGUAGCUGAGCAUGAUAGUACAGGGGAAGCAGAGGCAGUUACAACUGCUUAUGUAAUUAAAAUGACAUCAGAAAGUACUCCAGAAAAAAUGUCUGCUGGUAAAAAAGCAGUAAUUGUUAAGCUACCUCAAGAGACUGCACUAAGUGACAGCCCUACAGAGGAGAGGGAAACAGUGUUUGAUACACAUGAAGAGAGAAAUGAUGGUUCACAUUAUCCUUUUUGUCAAUGCAAUACAGUGGGUGUGUUAUGUGACACCAAAUUUGAAAAGGAACCCGUUUCAGAUAUUUGUAAUGCACGUGUGCAUGAAACGGGGCAUGGGGAAAUGAUUUCAGCAUGCUGUACAAAUGAAAAGCUCACCAGAGCAGAACAUAACACUGAAAAUGAUACCUUAUCAGGUAAAAUAUUAUGGACUUCUUCCACCGAAGGAAAAGCCAUUUGUGAUCAGGAGUUAUAUGUGGACACGUCUCUAAGAGCUUCGCAUCAUCCUCCACAAGGCCUGCACAAUGAAGAGGCUGAAGAGGGAAGCAUCAGAAGAACCUUUCCCUAUGUCGGUGCCAAAAUGGAAGAGAAAAAUUCUCCUGCUGAUGUAAGUGUUGUGGGGAGCUGUUAUGAAGGUUCCUCGGUGACAUCUUCUGAAGGAUCCCUGGAAACUCAUCCUGCUGAGGGAGCGAAAGUGCUGGAUCCAUACACAGAGGCUGCAAACAUUUCCUUGGAGUGGAAACUUGAAGAAUUUCCUUCUGAUGAGAAUGGAGAAAAGAGCACAGAUCAGUUUUCCCAUCAGCCACAAAUCAAACAGCAAAACUUGUUAGGGCCAACCAUUUUAAUUAGUGAACCUAUUGAAGAAAGGGAAGAGAUAAGCUCAGAAUGUGAAGGCCUAUUAUCUGAAGCAAAACAGAAUACUGAAAGCCAGGCUAUUAUUCUGGAUCAUGAAGAAAUUUCUGGCCAGCAAAACGAAGCUUCUAGUUUGCCUUCAGAAUGUCUUAUUCUAAAGCAUAUUGGUUACAAAAUACUUUACUUCCUCUUCUUUGUGGUGUUUUGUGUAACAUUGUACCACUAUGAUUUAAUUGUUUGCUUUGCCCUUUACUUAUUUUCCCUAUAUUGGCUAUACUGCGAGGGUGGGAAAAACAAAGAAACUGUGAAAAAGGAGUAGUGUCAAAGUUCCCCAAAAUCUACACUUAAUUCUUUACAUUUAGUAUCAGUAGCUCCAAAAUGACAGCAGUGUCCACCUUUAGAACCAAGACAAGAUUCCCCUCUUCCCUGGAAACACUGCUUACAAGGAAUGCAGUUUUCUCCUUCAUAUAAGUAAUUAUUCUGCAUAGGACCAUUCUGUUUGGAUCAUUAAAUGCCUAUAUCAGUAAGGGUUCUGAAGCACAUCAAGUUAAAAUUAAAUACAGCUGUUAUUCCUUAUCGAGUUAUGAAGAUGUGAAGCUUCAUUCUCUUCAGAUUUUAUCACAUCCACUUGUUUCAUCAUAUAGCUUCAUUUUUCUGAAUUGUUUUUUUUUAAUAAAAGGUUUUGUAUAGCAAGUAUGUAAAGAGGGAAUGGCAUUAUGACUAAGUAAUAGGGCAUGUUCAGGAAUCUCUUGCUCUGUAUAUUUGUCAUAUUAGCACUAAUGGAAGGAUAAGAAAUAUCCCUCAUCAGCAAAAAAGAAAAGAAAAGAAAAGAAAAGAAAAGCUCACCAUUCCUUUAUGUGGACAAUGCCGCCUACAGUCAUCCCCUAACAUUCCUAUUUUGUCAGGUAGACAAAUGGGAAUUUGCCAUCGAGUGUCAUUGAGUAACAGGAAUCAGUGGCACCAGUUUGGAGACUUGAUCUCCCUACAAACUAUGCUAUGAGCAUAUACCAUAUUAAUAUUGACUAUGAACACAAUUGACUGGGAAGUUCUCCUCCGCCUGCAAGAUUUGAAAUGAGUGGGACUCAUGAAAGAACCUAUGGAUUGUGCCCCAUGCAUUGAAUGAUCUAUUAUGAUUAACCUGCCGAUUUAUGUAGAACUCACUUUGUGGUUAAAUAAGCUGCAGUUGUUUUUCUAUAUGAUUAAAUAAGUUGCAGUUGUUACAUCUGUAAUAAUAUUAGCAAAGUGUCAUCUAUAGUGAUUAUGAUAUAUGUGUUAAAAAAAGUCUAAGCAGAAAAAGAAAUUAGACUCUCACUCAUAUCAAAGAGCUGAUAUAGAUUAAUGCAGACCAGAGCAUACAAACUGGAACCUGGUUGUCUUUAGACAAUGUUUAUAUUUUUGUAAAUGUAUAACACAAGGGAAGAACGUUUAAUUUUAGUGAAGUUUUUUCCAAGUUGGACUAUCUGAAUGAUAUUGUUUUGACCAUGUUGCUUAAGAAAGACAAUCUCAGUGAGUAUUGGAUAAUAGUAAUAAAAAAGUUUUGUUUGA